AGAUAAGUGCCCUACUUAGGGUGUGAUAGAAUUGCUUUUACAACAUAUCUAGUGCACUAUAUGUUAAAUAAGGACGCAUUUGAGAUUCUACCACAGAUUUCAGUACAAAUUGCACUAUUUUGGUACCGUUAGUGGGUGUUUAUGGUGAAAGAUACACAAUAUUUUUUUCAGCUGGCUGAGUUUUCCCCUCGCUGAGGCGCUGAGACGCGGACAGGACCCCGGACAGGACCCCGGACAUGGCAGUGUCUGAGACUGAGCUGAUGUUGAGCGUCGGAUUGAUCGAGAAGGACGUGAACGCGGACACGCUGUGGGUUUGGUGUUUCCCAGCAGUCAGCGCCGAGCUGCGUGAGGUCUUGAUGCGGAAGUGCUGUUUGUCCCGCGACUCUGCGGAGCUGCACGCCUUCGUGUUCGGUCAGUACCGCCGGAGCUGGUACUACCUCACCACCGCCGAGGUCCAGGAGCCCACCGCCCUCAGCAAGGUUACGCAUUUCACUAUAGUUAUUACAGCGAAGGAUUUCAACCCUGAAAAGUAUGCUGCAUUCAGUCGAGUUCUGUGUAGGAUUUACAUGAAGCAUGGCAGUCCAGUGAAGAUGAUGGAAGGCUACAUUGCUGUCCUAACAAAGGGCAUCUGUCAAAGCGAUGAGAACGGCUCCUUCCUCAUCAAGGACUAUGAUGUUAGAAAAGCCUUUUUGGCUGGAUCCAUUAAAGAUGUGGUGUCUCAGUUUGGAAUGGAGACCAUCAUCCUGUACACAGCACUGAUGCUGAAGAAAAGGAUUGUGAUCUACCAUCCUCGCGUCGAGGCUCUGCUAGAGUUCUCAAGAGCUCUUCCAGCCCUGACAUGGCAUAGGAAAGAUUGGUCCAUUCUCCACCCAUAUGUUCAUCUGGAGGACAGAGAGUUGGACAACCUCAGAUCAUGUUCAGGGUAUGUUGCAGGCUUUGUGGAUCCCGAGGUUAUCAACAGAUCGGAUCUCUUCGAUGUUUUCGUUAAUCUUCCAGACAAUGAGAUCACCAUAGCUCAACAUGCAAAAGAGGCUAUGGCUAUGGGAAAACUGCAUAAGGAGAUCGGCCACUUGAUUGUCCAGUCUGCAGAGGACGCUGAUCGCACAGACAUUCAAGUUAUCAAGGAUAUCUCUGUGAAGACUAAGGAGAUCCUUAGUAACUUGGUGUCCCUUGCUGAGGAAGGGGACGACGCAAAGCUGACGCUGGACACACUGAAGCGACGUCACCUUCCUCCAGCAACCGAGAACUUCCUCUUCCACUUAGCUGGAGCUGAGCAGCUCCUGAAGAUCUAAAUAAUCCCCCAUGAACCUAGGAGAGCCUAACGAAGAAAAUCACUAUGUGAUCGUAUGAUUUAUAAAUGCGUGUAAAUGCAAAGAUGAAUUUACAAAAAGAGUUUUAUAGAAAUUUUAUGAUGUUCUAGACACAUUCAGUGACCAAAACUAUUAUGUAUAUUACUCUUUAGCUACCCUUUCUUUUCCAGAAGAGUCUUCUUAGGAAGCACUUACAAUUACUUGACGAAUAUACAGGUGUGGAUGGAUAAUGUACUUUUACAUUUGUACACAUUUUUAAGGUGGCACUUUGAACUUGAACACAGUCUAAAUGGAGAGUAUUUUGUGGUAGUGCUUUAUUAAAUAGUUUUGAAAAUUUAGAUAAUGAAGAUUUUUAUGCCAAAAUAAAUAUAAUCCUGAUUAAUAUCAAAGUACAGAACACUAUUUUGCUGCCACUGAAAUCUUAUUUGGUUGUGACUGAGUUGCAUCGAGUGUUUUUGUGUAUGUCUGUGUGUUUCAAAAAAAAAAUGUACCAGAAAGCUAAUAGCACUAGUUUAAGAUAAAACAGGAAAAGCACAAAUGAGUUUCGAACGCAUACCCAACAGGUUUCAUUUGUUUCUUGCAAUCUUGACAAGCUCCAUCUUCUUCUUCUACAUGUUUUGAUUUUUUUUUCUUUGCCCUACAUCAGUUACUUAGUCAUCAUCUGCCUGAAGGAGUGCUUGUGCCAAAAAAUAUUCCAUAUGCACUUUUCAUAUAUGUUCACAUGUAAUGUUUUCUUAAAUGAUGCUGUUGUCCGUUCUAACAGUUGUAUAUGCCUGAUUUCUAAUGACAUAAAAAUUAAAGCUCAGUGUAAAGUUCUUUUAAAUUAUGUCAAUGUGAACUUAACAAUGAUAUAACAAUAGCAAUAUUUUGUUAAAUCCAUUCUGUCUAAAACGCUAUUAAAUUAAAACAUGACUCUGUUCCA